AUGUCGGACUAUUUGCAGUACGGUCUUCGCAUGAAAGAAAGUGGUGACCCGCAGUGCUUAAUUUGUUUAAAAGUAUUUACCGUCUCGCUUAAAUCUCCCUCAAAAAUGAAACGUCAUUUUGAGCGAAUCCACCCAGAAUCUCAAAACCUUCCGGUCGAGGUCUUUGAAACCAAAUUGCGCGAACUUGAGUUUUUGGAGGGAAAAGUUCGGGAAAUGUUGGGUAGUGAAUCAACAGUAGAAGACAACGAGGACUUACGAUUGAGGCGAAAGUUAUGUGAGUGCUCAUAUGCUGCAGCACUAGCUAUUGCCCGGGCAGGUAAGCCACAAACAGAAGUGGGAACAUUAAUUAGUCCAAUUUGUGCGGAAUGGACUCGAAUUUUAUGGGGGGAUAAGAAGGCCCAAAUUAUUGAAAAUAUUUCUCACUCCGCGCGAACAAUUGAUAGGCGAAUCACGGAACUGGGGAUUGAUAUGCGGGGUCAACUUAAAAAUGAGCUAAACUCUAGUGAAAUCUUUGCCAUUCAGGUUGACGGCUCAACUGAUGUCAGCAAUGUUGAGCAACUUUUGGGAUUCGUUCGCUUCAUUGGCAAAAAGGACAUUGAAGAACGGAUGCUUUUUUGUAAAAGUAUGGAGGGGCAAGCAACGGGACAUUUACUUUUUCAAGGGAUGAUGGAAAAAACGGCUUUUUUUUAA